AUGAGUUUAAUGCAAAAUGUUGUUCAAUAUUUCUCUAAAUCUGUAAUAGUUUCAGAUCAAACAAAAGAAGGAAUUACUUCAAUAUUGAGAAUGUGGCUUCACAUUUCUAAUAUUUUAUCAGAUAUCGAAACUGGACUACCAGCUAUUGAUGAAUUAAUUGAUAUUUGUUUUGAUGAUGAUGAAUUUUCAACAUUAUUAGAGGAAUUUAUGGAUAUAAUAUUUCAACCAUCAGUCAUCUCAAGCAAUGGUCUUGAACUUAUAUUCAGUAUUUUGCGUCAUAAAAUACCAAACUUAAAUUGCAUGGAGUUAUGUCAGCAAUUACGAAAGUCAAUUGAAAUACGAAAUAUAUUUCAUCUAACGGAUGAGGUUCGUAGAUUUUCUCUUCCAGAAUUUGAUGUAUCAUUACAACAGAAUGCAAAUAACAUUUCAAAGCUUACCACUAAAGCCCGACAACAAAUUGCAGAAGAUUAA